UGUAGUAAACCGUAUUAUUAUUAGAGGUAGAGGAUGUGCACAUGAUCGAUACAUUCUAUUGUCCUUUGCUGCCAAAAAAACAAUUGAUAAUGCAAGAGAAGUGGCGAUGAUAUAAAGUUGAGUAUGUUAAUGUGUGAGGUGUGUUGUUGUGUGUCCUUAUGACCAAGACAGAUGGUGUUGACUUGUGGUUGGUGUCACUUUGUCGAUUUUCUAAGAUCAUUGCUGACUCAGCUGCUGCUCACUCACUUUCUUUUUGUCCUCUAGCUCAGCAGCGCGUGGACAAAACAACCGGUCGCCUAUCUCCGGUUCGUAGACGGACCUUUAUUUAGGACGAUGAGUAAUUAGUAAUGGGCCAAUAACAGUAUAAACGAAGCCCAUUACGAAAAGUAGUCGGAGAACAAACAUAGUCGCCGGUCAAAGCGUUGUCGUUUCAAAACAGAGACCUUCGUUUUCCGCAACGGAAGGAGGGAAGCUCUGUCGCUCUUAGAUCUUCACUCGGAAACUUUAGGAGGGAAGAUUACUUUAAAGCUUCGAGCUUUCGGAUCAGCUUGUUUAUAAUCAACUGGUUUCGAUGUCUUUGAUACACCUCUUCUUCUUCGUGGGUUUGGUAAGCCUUGAAGCUGCUGCCGCGACUUCGUUUUCCCUAGGAUCGCGCUCGAUUCUCCGAGACAUCGGUAGUAACGUCAUCGCGGAUCAGAAAGAUAACACCGUCGAGCCGAACGCGAUCAACUUUGAUUCAGUUUUCCAAGACACCUCUGCCAAGUUCGCCGUUUUGGAGUUCUUCGCUCACUGGAGUCUUUUGCUGCUGAAGUUUGGAUUUCUCCUCAGGCUGAUCUACACUCUGUUGCAGCCUGGAUCAAUUAACCCCGCGUCAACGCAGAUGCGCAUGCUACUCCAGUCAUCAAGCUCUAUUUUCAGUCAGCCAUCUACCUGCUGUGGAAAGAGCGUAAUGCUCGUGUGUUCACAGCUGUCUCCUCACCUUCAUCAGUCAUCCUUGCCUCUCUCGACCGUAUGA